AUGUAUGAAAUCUACGCUGCCGGCGCGGCGGCUGCAUUCACAGUAGACUGUCUGGUUUACCCCCUCGAUACCCUCAAGACCCGGUAUCAAAGCCGGGAUUUCGUCCAGACCUAUGCGUCGUCGCCAGGUAGCAAAGCGCCACUCUUCCGCGGCCUCUACCAGGGCAUUGGCAGUGUGGUCUUGGCUACGUUGCCGGCAGCUGGCAUCUUCUUCGCCACGUACGAGACCAUGAAGACGACGAUAUCCAAUACCGUCUCGGUCCCGCUGCCCUUGGUGCACGCGUCUGCCUCGGCCAUCGCUGAGAUGGGCUCAUGUCUGGUGCUCGCGCCCGCAGAAGUUAUCAAGCAGAACGCGCAGAUGCUCCGCCGGCAGGAGGGCGGCGGUGGCGGGGCAGGCAGCAGACGAUCAACAUCUCUCGAGGCCUUGCGCCAGGUCACGGGCUCCGGGGCUCAGAGACAGCUCUUCUCGGGAUACACGGCGCUCGUGGCGCGCAACCUACCCUUUACGGCACUACAGUUCCCCAUUUUCGAGCAAUUUCGGAAGACGAUUUGGGCCUCAAGGGAGCGGGGGAGGACGGCGGGCGAGGAGCAGGGGCUCGUCGAGACGGGCGUGGUGACGGGGACCAGCGCCGGGGCGGCGGGGGCGUUUGCGGCCUUCAUCACGACGCCGGGCGACGUCGUCAAGACGAGAAUGAUGUUGAGCGCAGGCGAGACAGGCUCGGGAAGCGGAAGCAGAGAGGGCGACGCCUCGCCGCGGGGUUCCGGCGAUGCGUCGAAGCCAUCGAGGAAGAGCCGCGGAAGCCUGGAGGUGACGAAGGAUGUGUACCAGAAGCACGGCGUGCGCGGGCUCUUCCGUGGCGGAGGGUUGCGCGCCGUGUGGACAGCCGUGGGAAGCGGUCUCUAUCUGGGGACGUACGAGAUGUCAAAAGUCUGGCUCACGCGAGGAAAGGACGAAUCGGACGUUGUCGGAGAGCUGUGA